GCCCUCAGUAACGUUCAUCACUCCAGCGUUAGUUGUGGAGCGACACAGGGUUAACUCGAGAACUCGGGCGAGGCCUUUGGAGGCAGCUACUGCGUGCCACUACACCGGCUCCGUACGAGGACAGCCUGGCUCGAAUGUCGCACUAUCAGCCUGCGAUGGACUCGCAGGCAUGCUGCGGACGAAAUAUGGAGAAUAUUGGAUUGAGCCAUCAAAUCAAGUUACGACCGACGGCUCUCCUGGGCGACCACACGUUAUAUUUAAGAGAUCUGCUGUCGAUAAAGUUGAGGCAUUCCAUAGAAGAAAGAGGGAAGUCGAUAGAAGAAUGAAUUCUUCGUCUAGAAAUAACAAUGAAAAGAAUUAUAAAGAAAAAAAUUCAAAACGAAACACGAGAAGAAAGGAUAGGGAGAACAUGGAUCAGCGUAGACGAGCGUAUAUAGAAGAAAGACGGAGGAGAUUAGAGGCAAUGAGACGUGAUCCAGCAGCAUAUAGAAGAAAUAAAAAGAAUCUACGAAUGGAGCAUAGAAGACCGCUGUCUGAAUCAGCGUCUUCAUCCGUAUCAAGAAGUAUGUCCUUGGAAACUAGUCAUUCCUUGGAACAAAAUUUAACAACGAGUAGGUCAAGUAUUGAACAGCGACCACGAAGGAUAAGAACGAGACGAAAGAGAAGGAGACGUUCAAAGAACUGUGCAACAAAACAACCACCAUAUCAAUGGAAGUAUAGAAAUUCUAAAGAACUUCAUUCACAGGAAGAACGUAACAAAUCAAAAUAUUACAAGAGAAACAAUAAAUCUCAACGCAAUAAUGUAAACAGACGGUAUUUAGAAGCAUCAAAACGAUCGACGAGAUCUGUUAGCAAGCCGCGUCACGUUGAAGUGUUACUUGUCGCCGAUAAGUCUAUGACUGAUUUCCACAAUCAAGGCAACUUGGAAACUUAUCUACUGACAAUCAUGAACAUGGUAUCAUCACUAUAUAUGGAUCCGUCAAUCGGGAACUACAUCAAGGUGGUGGUAGUGAAAAUUAUUUUGGUUGAAGAGAUGCACGCGGCCCCUGAGCUAUCAGUGUCCACUAAUGCGGACUCGACGCUCGCGUCCUUCUGUAGGUGGCAGCACCAGUUGAACCCGGAUGACGACCACGAUCCACACCAUCAUGACGUAGCCAUACUCAUCACACGACGGGAUAUAUGCAGCCAGCAGGACACACCUUGUAGUACUCUAGGCGUGGCGCACGUGGCGGGCAUGUGCAAGCCGGACCGCAGCUGUUCAGUCAACGAGGACAAUGGCAUCAUGCUGGCGCACACCAUCACGCACGAGCUGGGACACAAUUUCGGCCUGUAUCACGACACCGAGAAAAUUGGUUGUCACAGACGCGAUGGGGCUACUCUUCAUAUUAUGACACCGAUCUUUGAACCAGAUACUGUUCAAGUCGCCUGGUCACGAUGCAGUAAACGGGAUGUCACCAACUUUUUAGAUGCCGGUUUAGGGGAUUGCUUGAGUGACAGACCAUCUCAGGAAGAACCGUACGUCUAUCCUGAACUACCCGCAGGUGUAACAUUUGAUGCGGCUUAUCAAUGUCACUUGCAAUUCGGCGAGGAAGCCGUAGUAUGUUCCAAAUUGACGGAGCUAUGUGAACAUCUGUGGUGUCUCGUCAACAACACAUGCAAAUCGAUGUUAAGACCGGCCGCGCCUGGGACAACUUGUGGUGAAAAUAUGUGGUGUCAGAAUCAGACAUGCGUACCGAAGGCUCCGUCCCCCGUACCACGUGACGGUGGUUGGGGCGCUUGGAGCGAGUGGAGCGAAUGUUCCCGAACUUGUGGUGCGGGGGUGUCCACGCAACAUAGAGAGUGCAACAACCCUGAGCCACUAAACAAUGGAAACUACUGCAUCGGGGAUAGAAGCCGGUACAAAGUCUGCAACACCGAUCCGUGCCCUAUCAAUGAGCCUACGUUCAGGGAAGUUCAGUGCUCCAAGUUUAAUAACAUGACAUACAAGAAUGAAACAAUCUCCGAAUGGAUACCAUAUAUUGACCAAGAUAAACCGUGCGAUUUACAAUGCGUGCCUCGCAAUCGUAAUGAUAUAGAGAUGAUUGGCAGCUUCGUAGCAGACGGAACACCCUGUAGACAGGGUCUUGGAGUUCGGGAUAUGUGUAUAGGUGGCGUGUGCUACAAAGUGGGUUGUGACUGGAUCGUGGAUUCCGAUGCUGAAGAGGACGCGUGCGGUGAGUGUGGAGGAGACGGCUCCGCGUGUAGGACAGUACAAGGGAUAUAUAACAAGGAUACCACUCGACAGUCUGGUUAUAGCGAGGUUGCGGUAAUACCAGCUGGAUCUAGAAAUGUGAAGAUUCAAGAAAAAGUCAGCCCUGGAAACUAUAUUUCAAUUGGAAGCGCUAAAUCUAGAAAGAUAUAUCUUACUGGAGCACGAAAUGCAACUUUAACGGAGUACUUCGUAGCCGGAGCUCAAGCUAUCUAUGAAAGGGAUCGUGAUUGGGAAAAAGUUAGGAUCAGUGGACCCCUCGCUGAGGACAUAAAAGUUUAUCAACGCAUCUUCCGCGGCAAGCAUCGCAACCCUGGCGUGACGUAUCAGUAUACAGUGGACCAACCUAAGUCAAUGAACCGCUAUCGUCUGUCAGACUGGAGCGCAUGUUCCGUAACCUGCGGCCUCGGACGGAUGUACCGACACUACGUCUGCGUGGACCAGCACAACCGUCAAGUUGAGUUAUCCCAGUGUUACCACAUGGAGCAACCUCGUCUUGGCGCGUUAGUUCAGCAGUGCCGGUCUGUCUCCUGUACACACUGGUGGGUCGGACCAUGGAAACCAUGCUCCAUUUGCCAUAUGCCGGGCGAGGAGGCUACUAAGAAACGUAAUGUCCACUGCGUGAACAAAACAUCCAACCAGGUUGUUGACGACUCAGAAUGCGAUAUGUCAACUAAGCCGAUAGGCGUUAUCAAAUGCGCAGACGUACCAGCUUGUUGA